AUGGCUUUUAAAAGAUCUUUCAAUACAACUUCAAAGAAUCUUAAAAAUAAUGAAACGAACAAUUUAAAACUUGUCGAUCUACUUGAGCGUUUUGAACAAGAACGAAAUGGAUGUGAGCAAUUGGUUGAGCAAUCAAAGCUAGUUGAUCGAUUUUUUUCCGAUUCUGAAAUGAAUAAUUUAUCGAUACUGGUUCAAUUUUUUCAAUUUCUUUUACAUUCAAUCCAUAGAUCAAGACAAAAUGUUGCUAAACUUGUUAUACGUUUACCUGGUUCAAAACUUUUAGAUUUUUCUUAUUCAUAUUUAAAACCGCAUUCGUUGAUUGACGAGAAUCAAAAAAAAUUAUUAGAAAAAUUUGUUCUUGUUUUAUCUCAAAUUUUACAAUUUUUACUUGAACUUCACCCACAGUGUUGGGAGCAAAUAGAUUCAUUAGGUUUAUUUGAUCGACUUGACAAAUGGAGCACAAAAAUUUCCGACGAAGAUGUACAAUUAGAAGUUAGUAAACUAAUCUCUCGCAAAGAUGAAUUACUCAAUGAACAUACCAGUAAAAUAAAGAAACCUAAAUCUGAAAUUGAAAUUAAAACAGAACCAGACGACCCACCACCAGAUGAUUUUCAUCAACUUUCAAUUUACCCUACAUUAGAUGAAAUUUUUCAACAACAAACUCCCUAUUUACGAAAGAACAUUACAACUGGUCAAUAUAAAAAUGGCACACAUUAUUUGGAUAUUCAUUUUCGUCUUCUUCGUGAAGAUUUUCUUUGGCCAUUACGUGAAGCUAUAUGCCAAUAUAUGAGCGAAGAUAAUCGAGAUACAUCAUUUCGAAAUAGUAAUGUUCGUUUAUACAGAAAUACUAUAUUAACAGGUUCAAUAUGUUCACAAGCGGGAAUACUAUUUUCAUUAUUGAUUGAUGUCAGCAUGCUGCCUAAAUCGAUUAGUUGGGCUAACACAAGACGUUUAAUUUAUGGAAACUUAUUAGCUGCAACAUUUGAUGAUUUUGAUAGUAGCUGUUUUCUAUUAACGGUUGAAGAUCGUUCAAAUAUUGACAAGAAUGGAACAAUAAACGUUCGAUGUCAAAAAGCGCUAUGUGAUUAUCAAUUAAUGAAGAUAUCACCAGGAACACGUUUUACAUUAUUAGAAACGACAUCAUACUUUGAGGCUUAUCGACCAAUUUUGCAAGCAUUACAAAAUAUAAAAGAUGAUCAGAUACCCCUUGAAAAAUAUUUACUUCAAUGUGACACAAAUGUACCCAUACCACAGUAUUUUGAAAAAAAAUCAGAUAUCGAUUUUCGACCUAUACUAGUGAAAACUUCUGGAGAAUAUAGUGAAUUCGAUGGUACUUUAAGCGAUAUUAAAGAGUUAUCAACAUGGCCAAAUGCGCAACAACUCGGCCUUGAUCAAAGUCAAUAUACAGCAUUACAAUUAGCUUUAACAAAAUCGGUAGCCCUCAUUCAAGGUCCACCAGGAUGUGGAAAAACUUUUCUUGGUGUUCGAUUAGCUGAAUUAUUUUAUCGAAAUCGGGAGCGAAUAUCUGGUUGUGAACGACCGAUUUUGAUGAUUUGUUAUACAAAUCAUGCAUUAGAUCAAUUUUUAUCAUCAAUUAUUCAAAAACUUUCUCUUACACCUGGUCAAAUCGUACGAGUUGGUGGUCGUAGUUCACAUCCUCAAAUCGAACCAUUUUUAAUUCAAAAGCUACGUCAAAAAAAGCCAGAUGCUCGUUCAAAAAAUGAAUUAUUGGCAACUAAAUACGAUAUACUAGCUACCAUAAAAAGACAAAUUAAUGAUUGCAAUUUGAAAUACUAUCGAUGUUGUCAACAACUACUUGACAUUGAUCAACUCUUAUGUGUUAUGGAUCGAAGUCAAUUUUUAACAUUAUUAGAUCCAAUUCUAUCAGAGUUGGAUAUUUAUCAAGGGCAUUGGAAUACCAGCAAAGGCGGACUAUAUUGCUGUGGAUCAUCAAAAUCAAAAGCAAGCGAUAAUGAUGAUUCCGAUGAUAGUCAAUCUGAAAAUGAAAGUAUCGCUGAACCUUUGUCGCCUUAUGAAAUUAAUCAACGAAUGAAAAAUCGAAUUAAUUGUCAUAAAUUAAAUAAUUUAUCAGAUGAUGAUCAAAAACUAAUUAAAGAACUUUUUAUUAAAUGGUUAGAUGCAACGCCAUUACAAAUAAUUAAGCACGAAAUGAACAUAGCAAAUGAAGAUGAUGAUGGUCAAAAUGAAUUUCAAGAACAACGGAAAAGAAAGAAAAAUAAAAAUAAAGACAAAGCAGCAGCACUUCUAAAAGAAGUGCUAAAUGAUCCGAUUCUAACAACAAAACCAACAAAUAAUACAGCCACUGCUGAUGAAAAUCCAGUGAAUUUAGAAGAAAAUGAAGAAGAAAUGCGUCGAUUAGAAAACAUCGAUAACUCAUUUAUACCAUUUUCAAUGUCGAAUCAAAUUGAUGAGAAACAAUAUCAAGAAAUUGAUACUCAACAACUCGAAUAUAUGGAACGUUUAUUAAAUAAUCGAGCAGCCAUAUUAUCGGAUGAUAUAGUCCUGAGUUUUAGAGAUUUAUGGGCAAAAUCAAUAAAUAAAGAGCAACGGCAAGAUCUGUAUCGCUAUUGGCUUUCGAAAUAUGUUCAACAACUUACAGAACAAUGGUUUCGUUUAAAUGAGCAAUACGAUGAAAAUCAUAAAUCAAUGCAAGAAUUAUGGCUAGCUAACGAUCAAUUAUACAUGGACCAAGCAUUUAUAAUUGCUAUGACAACACAUUGUGCCUCACGGUAUCAAAAAGUAUUGAAGCAAAUAGCUCCUCGCAUUUGUAUCGUAGAAGAAGCAGCUGAAGUAUUUGAAUCACAUAUUGUUACAGCAAUUGGAGAACGAAUUGAACAUUUAAUUCUUAUUGGUGAUCAUGUACAACUUCGUCCAUCGCCAAAUGUUUAUACAUUAGCAAAACAUUUCAAUCUUGAUGUAUCCUUAUUUGAACGAUUAAUUAAAAAUCAAAUGCCAUCUGUUCAAUUGUGUGUUCAACAUCGUUCAAUUCCAAUUAUUUCUAGUUUAACACAUCAUUUUUAUGACAUACCAAUACUCAAUCAUGAAUCAGUACUUAGUCGUUCGCCCAUUAUUGGGGUAGCUCAUCCACUUUACUUUAUUGCUCAUAGAAAUUUCGAAGAAAAUGUUGCCGAUGGCCAAUCAAAAAGAAACUCCUAUGAAAGUAAUUAUGUUUUACAAUUAGCUGAUUAUUUAAUUCAGCAAGGAUAUGAAAAAAGAGAUAUAACUAUUUUAACAACAUACAUGGGUCAACGGCAACAAAUUCAAAAAGCAAUGAACCAAUUAAAACAUCUUAAAGGCAUUCAUGUUACCGUCGUCGAUAAUUUUCAAGGAGAAGAAAAUCGAAUUAUUCUAUUGAGUCUGGUAAGAAGUAAUGCUGACCAACGUCUUGGAUAUAUUGGUGUUGAUAAUCGUAUAUGUGUUGCAUUAUCGCGUGCGCAAAAUGGAUUCUAUGUUAUAGGAAAUUUUCAUUUACUUGCUGAACAUAGUGAAACAUGGAAAAUUAUAAUAGAUAAAAUGAAACUACUAAAACUCAUUGGAUCAGGUCUUCCAAUAAAUUGUCCGAACCAUCCUGAUAAUCAAUCAAUAUGUACGCAUCCAAAUGAUUUUCUUAAACGACCUCUUGGUGGUUGUGGACUUCAAUGUGAAGUUCGCCUUGAAUGUGGUCACCAAUGUCCAUUGACGUGUCAUAAUACGUCACAUAAUAAAAUAAUUUGUCAAAAGGCUUGCUUAAAAAAAUACGAUGAUUGUGAACAUGUAUGCCAACGAAAAUGCCAUUUAACAACUGCAUGUUUACCCUGUGAUGAAACAAUUCAAAUGAAAAUGCCUCAUUGUGAACAUAUUAGUGAUUUAGUAUGUUUUAUGCGUAAAAAUAAUCAACUUGAAUGUGGUGUGCCUAUGCCGUAUACAUGUCCUAGUGGACAUCAAGUUCAAAUACGAUGUUGUGACUUAAGAAAUCAACAAUUAAAAGAUCGUCUAUGUACACAUCCAUGUCGCUUUACUCUCGAAUGUGGACAUAUUUGUAAAGGUACAUGUUCGACAUGUUUUCAAGGGCGAUUUCAUCAACAAUGUGAUCAGCAAGAACUUAUUGUUUAUAUAUGUGGUCAUAGUCGUCACCAGAUUUGCCAUGAAAUCGGACCACCUUGUCAAGAAAAAUACAUAAAACUUUGUGAUCAUCAAGAUGAACCAACGGUACCUCGCUAUCUUAAUGGAUGUCUUGUCUAUGAAUGUAAUCGAUACUGUCGGAACAGAUGCAGACAUUUGCGUUGUACGCAACGAUGUAAAAUGGAAUGUGAUCGUAAGCCAUGUCAUGAAAAAUGUGGACGACGCUUUGAAUGCGAACAUUAUUGCAAUGGAAUUUGUGGAGAACCUUGUAUUGAUUGUUUACCUUGCCGUGUACAUACUUUACCAAGAGAAAUUCAAAAGGCAAUUCAUCAGAAAAAUAUUAGAAAUGCUACUUUUGUUCAACUUGAAUGUGGUCAUCUCUUUGAAACAAAAAUUCUUGAUAAACUUGUUGACAAUUUUGAAGAACAAACGUUUUUACCAAAUGGCUUUAUGUAUAUUGAUUAUCCUCGAUGUCCUGAAUGCCAAUGUCCAUUGCUACGAUGUAAACGUUAUUCACGUCUUAUAAAGAAAAUUCACAAUAAAAUUGGCAGUGGCUGUAUUUCUCGAAAAAGUCUUUCUGAUUCAUUAACAAACAAUGCUAUGAUCAAGUUACAUCUGUUAAUUGCAUCGACUCAGUUGCCUGAGCACAUAGAAAAAAUUAUACGAAAAAAUCUUGACAAUGAUCGUCAGAAGAUAUUUGGCACUUUAUUCGUGCAUGUUUUGAAUCUUUUUAGUGAACUCGAUGAUAAUGUCUCUGAUGAACGUAGUAAAAUGUUAACGGCUAUGCAUGAACAUAUUAAAAAGAAUGAUUCAUUAUUUCUUACUCGCCAACAAUGGUCAGAUAUUGAAUAUGAAUACAAUCGAUUAUUAUUUAUUAGUUCUAUGAGAAAAUUCGAUCUGAAAGCAUCUGACAUGGAAACAUUAAAUGAUAUUCUUUUUGGACCGAAUCCAUUCAGUCAAAUUGCACGCCAGACAUGCCAAAGUUUAUUGAAUCCAGAUAGUGAAGAGAGUGAUAAAUGGAAAUCGAUUCUUCCUGAUGAAAAAACAUGGGUUGAUUUUGAACGAGAUCAACUUAUAUGUGAUAGAAAAAUGGCGAUGUGUCCGCAAGGAAUGCAUAUCAUUUGGAGAAAGAGCAUCGAUGAACAACAAUCAAAUUGUCCUGUAUGUAGUAUGGAAAAAGAAUCUACAAUCAGCAUUGGCAGAGGUGCUAGAAGAGCAAAUAAUCCGCGCGGUCGAUUUCUUCGACCAUGA